AUGGCACCCCUUGCCCAACUCCUCGCCCUCCCCUUCCUCAAUCCCGCCACCCCCCCCAUCAACUCCCCCCGCACCGGCGGCGUCUUCGGCACCGGCCCCAACACAACAGUCUCCUACUUCUACCCCCUCCCCCCCUCCGACCCAGCCCGCAUCGCCUUCUCCACCGGCUUCUGGCCGAAAGACCGCGCCACCGUGCCCAAGACAAUCUAUGAGUGCGAUCCACCCGCCUCCCAGGGCUUCGAGUCACGGCUGUACACCUGUUUCAAUGACGAUAUUGGGCUCACGGAUGUGGUUGUUGUGCCUGGUGCGGAGGUGAAGGAGGCCGCUAAAUCCGGGGAGGGGAGGAUUGCGGCAUCGAAAGUGAAGGCAGAUGUUGAUAUGAAAGCGCCGGAGCGGAUUCGGGAUUAUCAGCUUAAGAAAGCGAAGGAGGCGCCUAAGUGCGAUGGACGCACUGGAGUAGCGGUUGAUGCGCUGCAUUGGGGGGCGUGGCAGCAUAGUUGUUUUGAUGGGUCCAGUGAGUGGGCUAAGCGCGGACAGGAGGUGAGGGCAGAAGUUCUAAAGGAGAGGGCAGAGAAGGGCUUUGAGAUUAAUUCGAGGAUUCGGCGGAUGUGGGAGGAGAAGGAGGAGGAGGUUAGGGUUAUGGAGGGUUGGAAGGCGGAGAAGGGGGGGAAGGAGAAGGCGAUUGUGGAGAGGGAGGAGAGAUUUUGGAGGGAGAGUUUUGAGGUUAGGGAGGAGGGGAGGGAGGUGGAUGGUGGGGUUGAGAGGGAGUUUGAGAAGAGGAUGAAGGGGGAGAUUUGGGGGGAGGUGGUGGAGGAGUAUAGGAGUUGGGAGAAGAAGGUGGAUGAAGAUCAGGAGGAGGAGGAUGACUGCGACAACUGCGACGACUGCGACGACGACGAGGAGGAACCUAAGAGGCCCAGGCACUGUAAACCCAAGAGGCCCACAGCCCAGAGACCCAAAGCUGAGAAGCCCGCAGCCAAGAAGCCUACAGUCGAAAACACAAAAGCGGCCGAAAAGCCAAAGGAACCCGCGAAGCCCCAGCAACAGGAGCAUCCAACCCUUGAACUCGGAAAGUCCCACUACGACCGUCCUAGCGCGAUGAAGAAGGGGAAGCCAGCCAAGGUAAAGGUGAAGCAGAAAAAUGGGAAAUAUAAGGUCAAGGUGAAGGACGGGAAUACAAAGAUUAGGCUAAAGGGCAAGAAUGGAAAGUCGACUGUAAAAGUUGAGGAUAAGGCGGGAAAGACUACGUUGGUGGAAUCGGGUUAAUGUAGAAGAGGGGCAGAAUUGAGUGGUGGCGUUGGAGGUGGUAUCAUUUGGGUUUGAAAUGUUAUAAUUAUUUUUUCUAAUAUUAAUUAGAGGUUUUUAUGGCGAUACUUAUGGGGUUUAGAUAUGUUUUAAUAUACUGCAAUACACCGGGUUCGGUUU